AUGGCCGCAACAGGAACCAUCUGUUCAUCCAUCUUCACACGCCAAGUUGUGCCGCCUACUUCCUCGAAUUCUUUAGUCCUGAUGCAACAAAGCCCCGAUGCUGGAGGUCCUUCGAGACAGAGCACCUUUCCUGCCGAUAGCGAUGAGGUGCCUCCUGAAGAAAAAGAUCGCCCGAGCGGGGCAUUGGCGAGCCGGGCUCUCACGGGAGAACCAGCUACUGCUGCUCCUUUUGCUAAUGGAUACCAUUUCCCCCCUAAGCACUCCGCUUGGCAAUCAACAAUGUCUGGCUGUAUCGCCUUCUGGAACUAUUUCUUGACGCCUCUUGGCUUUUGCGUUACCAUCUAUGGUAUGAAUGUUGUUGCUUGGGGAGGUAUGCUCUUCCUGCUCCUCUGCAAUGCCUCCCCUGCCAUGUGCCACCCCUCUUGCAAUGAUAUCAACUCGCCCAGGCGAAAAUGGAUUGAAUGGGACUCGCAGAUCCUCAACGCUCUCUUCUGCGUCACAGGUUUUGGGCUUGCUCCCUGGCGAUUCCGCGACCUUUGGUUCCUAUUUCAAUACCAAAUACAAGGGAAGGAGAUCUCCCUCCGGCGGCUGGGUGGAAUUCACCGAGGCUGGUUCCGACUCCCCGGCUCCGCAGAGCUCGACCCUCAGAUAGGGCCGGAAAAUGUGUCAAGCUCACCUCACCUCGGAUCAUCUAUGGCCUGUCCAUACCCCAAGGAUAAGAUUCCCGACGUCCCCCUGACCGGUCAACGCGCACCGGCCACGCCAAUUUGGAAGAUGGGCGCCGUAAUCUGGCUGAUGGUCUGGAAUACCUUCUUUCAGUGUUGUCUCGCCGGCUUCAUGUGGGGAAUGAACAGAUAUAAUCGGCCCAGCUGGGCGACCGGUCUCUUUGUCGGCCUCGCGUGUGUGGUUGCCGCUGUCGGGGGAAUCAUUAUAUUCGCUGAAGGAAAGAAGGUCAAGGGCAUCGAGGGAGUUCCCAUCAGCGAUAAGGAUAUCCAGCAGCUUCAAGAGGACCGAGAGAAGGGCAUUUGGCAUUUUAAUAACAUCAAGGACAAGGAUUUAAAGGAAGAUGGAAAAAAGAAGAAGGUAGCUAAAAAAUGA